AUGGGAGUUUCAGUGACACCUUACAUGAUGGCAACCAGUGAAAUACGACGAAGCGAUAGACGCGGAGCCACGCCUCAAAAAAUAUUGUACGUAGCAAUGAAAAUUUUGCGGCUACCUAUGGUGGAUGGAAGUUACAGCACGUUUCGCAACGUUUCAGUCACAGAAAAUGAUACACGACGUAUGUUAGAAGACCCAGAACUUCUGAAAGAAUAUGUCUUACAAAUCCUCGCAUUCAUGAAGACAGUGCCAAACUCCGUCCAAUACUGGGCUUCUCGCAAACGUGACCUCUUUGCCAUGAUUCGUCAACUUGGUAAACCAACCAUCUUUCUCACUAUAAGUGCAAACGAAAUACGAUGGAUGAAAUUGCUUACUAUUCUUCUCAGACUGAGCAAUAAAUAUCCUGGAAAAUCAGCAGGAGAUCUCAACACUUCCGAGCGCUGUACUUUAGUUAGUGACGAUCCUGUGACGUGCUGCAUUUACUUCUACAAGCUCGUCGGUUCCUUGAUGAAAAUGCUGGAAAAUGUAUUUUGUUAG